CAAAGGAUGGAUGGAUAAGACAAUCGUAACAGUAAUUUUUUAUUUAAGCACAGUUAAAAUUUUGUAGUUCCUGUGCGGUUUCGAAAUGAUUUAUUUUAGAAAAAUAUGUGAUGGCUGGCAAGAAAUUUAAUCUACAAUAUAAUUAGUGUCGCGUUUUCCGACUUGUGAAAACCACCGAUUCAAUGCAAUGGAAUUUUCAUUUUUGAACAAAACAAGCUAUGAUAAAGAUUGUAUAUAUAAUUCGAAUGCCCAAUUGCACAACUCGAAUACAAGUGCCGGAAUUUCGGUGGCUAAUCAUAUGAGUCAUUAUAAUCUGAUAAUCGACUCCAGCUAUAAGUUAAGGGCCAACGAGAAUGCCAUUAGAAACUCUUUGAAUCAAGAUACGAAUAUAUUUUUUUCGAAAAUAACGAAUGUGGCUGAGUUUUAUCCCGGAACACAUAAUAUUACGUCCUAUAAUUCCGGCUAUCAACUCAAAUAUACAGAUGAAUGUUCAAGUUUAAAUGACAAAUCGAAACAGAGACGAAUACGCACAACCUUUACAUCAAAUCAGCUUAAUGAACUUGAAAAGAUAUUUUUGGAGACCCACUACCCAGAUAUAUACACAAGAGAGGAAAUUGCAUCAAAACUACAUUUAACAGAGGCACGCGUACAGGUUUGGUUCCAGAAUCGUAGAGCCAAGUUUCGAAAGCAGGAAAGACACGCUGUUUAUAUUAUGAAAGAUAAAUGCAGCAAGAUAGAAGGACGACACGAUACGGUAUCUGGGACCCAAUGUUAUGACCUAUCUAUUCCCGAAACGCAAAAUUUAUGCCAAAAAAAAUGUUUUUAUGAUCAAAUAUAG